UGCGUCUCCAAAGUGCGCACUUCCAGUCUGCAGCAGCGCUCCGCAGACUUCCCGCCGGGCUGCGCUCCCUUAUUUCUGGAGGCGCAGCGACAAUCAGCCCCAACAGGAUUGGAGCCGAAUGCGGUGCGCGCUCGCCGUCUGCGCGUUUCCCCACAAAUCACACCGGAUGGAAGUCGUGAUGAAAACUGAACGGAUGCGGGAUCGCUGUCAAGUGUCCAAAAGGAGAGAGGAGGACGCAGACUGCGCUGCAAACCGACGGAGAGACAAACUGGCACCAUAAAGGGUCUCCCUGCAGAAACACGCUGCAGUGAUCACGGAUGCUCCGCGCAAGAAGUUAAAGCCGGUUGAUUUGUAUUAUGCAUCUGAUUUCUUAUCGCUGUUUUGGAUCAAAGGAUAAGAGCUGUGAUCCCUCUGAGAGAAGUUCAAAUGCGCAACAUCCCAAAGAGCCAAACCUGGCAUCCUGGCAGCAGCUGCAGAAUUGACAGCAGGGUGCUGAUAGGAUAAAGCCCAAGGACAUGUCACAGCUGUAUUACCGGCGGACCGACAGCUCGUCAUACCGGGAUCGCAUCCCGCUCAGAAUUGUACGGGCCGAGUCAGAGCUGUCGCCCUUGGAGAAGGCCUACCUCGGAGCUGUAGAGAAAGGGGACUAUGCUAGUGUCAAACAGGCUCUGCAGGAGGCAGAAAUCUACUUCAAAAUCAACAUCAACUGCAUCGACCCCCUCGGUCGCACAGCGCUGCUGAUCGCCAUCGAGAAUGAGAACUUGGAGAUCAUUGAACUCUUGCUGAGCUUUAAUGUCUAUGUUGGCGACGCUCUGCUGCAUGCAAUCCGCAAGGAAGUGGUGGGAGCUGUGGAGCUGUUAUUAAAUCACAAGAAGCCCAGCGGUGGAAUGCAGGUUCCUCCUAUCUUAUUGGACAAGCAGUUCUCUGACUUCACCCCUGACAUCACGCCCAUCAUCCUCGCCGCCCACACAAACAAUUAUGAAAUUAUCAAGCUUCUGGUGCAGAAAGGUGUGUCAAUGCCUCAGCCACAUGAGGUGCGAUGUAACUGUGUGGAGUGUGUGUCGAGUUCAGACGUGGAUAGCCUGCGGCACUCACGCUCACGCCUCAACAUCUACAAGGCGCUAUCGAGUCCCUCGCUAAUUGCUCUCUCCAGCGAGGACCCGUUCCUGACAGCUUUCAGACUCAGCUGGGAGCUGCAGGAGCUCAGCAAGGUGGAGAACGAGUUUAAAUCAGAAUAUGAGGAGCUGUCACAGCAGUGUAAACAGUUUGCAAAAGAUCUCCUGGAUCAAACGCGGAGCUCCAGAGAACUGGAAAUGAUCCUCAACUACAGAGACGACAUCAACAUACUGGAGGAGGAGGGCAACAAUGACCUGGCAAGACUCAAACUAGCUAUCAAAUACCACCAGAAAGAGUUUGUAGCUCAGCCAAACUGCCAACAACUUUUGGCGUCCCGGUGGUAUGACGAGUUCCCCGGUUGGAGGCGGCGCCACUGGGCAGGGAAGUUCCUCACCUGUGUCUUCAUCGGCCUCCUCUUCCCCGUGUUUGCUGUCUGUUACCUCAUUGCCCCUAAGAGUCGCUAUGGCCUCUUCAUCCGGAAGCCUUUCAUCAAAUUCAUCUGUCACACUGCAUCAUACCUGACCUUUCUUUUCCUGCUGCUCCUCGCCUCCCAGCACAUUGUCACCACUGAGCCUGACAGGCAGGGCCCGGCGCCCACCACCGUGGAGUGGAUGAUCCUCCCCUGGGUGCUGGGAUUCAUCUGGGCAGAGAUCAAGCAGAUGUGGGAUGGUGGUUUCCAAGACUAUAUCCAUGACUGGUGGAACCUAAUGGAUUUUGUAAUGAAUUCUCUAUACCUGGCCACUAUCUCCCUCAAGAUUGUAGCCUAUACCAAGUACAGUGGCUGUAAACCGAGAAACCAGUGGGAGAUGUGGCACCCAACACUUGUAGCAGAGGCUGUGUUUGCCAUUGCCAACAUUUUCAGCUCCCUGCGCCUCAUUUCGCUAUUUACAGCCAACUCUCAUCUGGGGCCACUCCAGAUUUCUCUUGGAAGAAUGCUCCUGGACAUCCUGAAGUUUCUCUUCAUCUACUGCCUGGUCCUGUUGGCUUUUGCAAAUGGGCUCAACCAGCUGUACUUCUAUUAUGAGACCAAGGCUUCAGAUGAGAAGGGCAAAUGCAAGGGCAUCCGCUGUGUGGAGCAGAAUAAUGCCUUCUCCACGCUGUUUGAGACCCUGCAGUCUCUGUUCUGGUCUAUCUUUGGCCUAAUCAGCUUGUACGUGACCAAUGUGGAUGCGGACCACCAGUUCACUGAGUUUGUUGGUGCCACCAUGUUUGGUUCCUAUAACAUUAUUUCACUUGUGGUGCUCCUCAAUAUGCUCAUAGCCAUGAUGAACAACUCCUACCAGCACAUUGCUGACCAUGCGGACAUCGAGUGGAAGUUUGCGAGGACAAAGCUGUGGAUGAGUUACUUUGAAGAAGGAGCAACUCUACCGACCCCAUUCAACAUCAUCCCUAGUCCCAAAUCCUUCUGGUACCUCAUGUGCUGGAUUAAGAGGCAAGUGUGCAAGAGGACACAUUCCAAGAGGCCUGAAACCUUGGGAACACUCGGACGCCGAGCAGCAGAGAACCUGCGGAUAAACCAUCAGUAUCAGGAGGUACUGAGGAACUUGGUGAAACGUUACGUAGCUGCUAUGAUCAGAGACGCCAAGACAGAGGAAGGUCUGACUGAAGACAACUUCAAGGAGCUGAAACAAGACAUCUCGAGUUUUCGUUACGAGGUGAUGGGCAUGGUGAAGACGGGAACGCCAGCUCUACAGGGAGCCAAAGCCAGCGGGAGCACAGCAGAGUCAAGUCUCGCCUACCCCCACUCAUCUCUCAAGGUUUCUCCUUGUCCUCCACUCAGCCAGGUGAAGAGCAAACUCAACCGCUUCAAGAUGACCACUUCCAUUCUCAAGCACUGCAGCUCUGCAGCUUCACCCAGGCCACCGGAAGCAUCCAACGGUCUGCCUAACGGACUUUUGCCCCUGACAUCUGAAGAGAGCUCCGGCGAAAAGCCGAGCCAGAGGAGAAGCUUCUCCAUAGACAUCGCUGACUUUGGUCUGUUCCAGAAACACCACAGAGGUCCCACAGAGGUUUUAUCAUCCGUCGGAGAAAUUUCAAGGAAAAUGUACUCGCUGUCAGAAGAAGCAGGGGAAUCUGAGGGUUCGGACACAGAGGUGCAGGAGAAUGAGCAAACUGCACAAGGAGAGGAAGAGAACGGACUCGCUGAAGCACAGGAUGGGGGACAAUCUACAGUCAGAAAAGUCACGAAAGAAAACAGUGAAACUGGAGAAAAGGCUGAAGAGGAUGCAAGACGUUCACCAAGCAGUGACUUAGCAGACGAAGGAUGCUCACCCAUAAAUACAAGCCAAGGAAUGUCGGACUAAAGCGCUUCAACCGAGGAACAGUGUUUCAGACUUGCUUUGAAAAAGGGUAACAUUUCCUGUUUUCGUGAAUCUAAUGAGCUCCACAGACUCAGGGGGGCAGCAUCAGUGUUUUAAUGUGCUACUAUUAGCAAGAAUGACUUGUGGCCAAAAGCAAACAGCAUCACAAAGAUUUAAGAUGGGAGGAUAAAGACACAUCGCUUCCUUUCCAAUGUUGAUAAUUUCCUCUUUUUUAGCAUCCCCUCUCGUCUGAUGCCUGCCCCCCUUGUUGUUAUCCACUCCAUCACACUCUCUACCUCGCUCUCAUUUUCUGUUUAUCUCAGUUUAACUGCACCCAUCCUUAUCUGACCAGAGCAAUACAUGUGUUCUGUUUUAGACCCCACUCUCUGCCUUAUUACACUGUCUGUUUGUGCACUUUACACACUUUACACUGGCGUACAUCUGAAAGAUGUGUCACGCUCUGAUCAUGCAACGACUAACCUGUCAGUGUUUUUCUAUGCAAAAACCCCAGAUUUGUCAUUGUUGUUAUUCUGAUUUGGCAAUGACAGUUAAUGACAAGUUGUUCUCAUACGAGGUGGAAUGUGGCCAAGAGACGAAGACUCACAGGAGAUAUAUGAAAUGAAAACAGCAACAUAAUAUUCAUGUUUUAUCAUUCCUGUUGGAAAAUAAACGUGUCAUUUUGAACAAA